AUGAUGCAGUUGCCGAGGGUGCCGUUCUGCAGGGCCGGCGCGGACGUGGCGAAUAUGUGGAUGCCGGUCUGGAACCCGGACAGCCAGCUGGUGGAGACGGCCAAGCGCGUCGUGGUGUUUGGCGGGAGAGGAGUGGACUACUACGACAAGCGGGCAGACGACCAGCUCUCCUACCUGUCCGACAUGUGGGCGCUGCACAUCACCAACACGGGCUUCCGGUGGAACAAGGUUGUCCCGAUCGGGCAAGUCCGUCCGUCUGCUCGAUGGCAGACCGGCGACAGCGUGGCGUAUGGUGCCAGUUUAGUGGUGUACGGUGGGGACGACCAGACGACCAAUCAGGUGGGCGGGCUGGGAGAUCUGUGGGUGUUCUCGCCCAGGGGCUCGCGAUCGCGUCUGCACGCCAGCGAAAAGGACUACUCGUACGACGCUUCGGACAGGAGGAGCGAGUGGACGGAGUAUAGACGGACCGGGAAACUCCCGGGGGAGAGGAGGGAGCCGUCCUUGGCCAUGGUCAACUCCACGCUGCUGCUGCAGGGGGGCAAGAUGGAGGACGGGGAAUCGAACGAGCGAUGCGAUUCUCGCUUCUUCCUGGUGGACCUGGGGGACCCGCAGGGUGAAUGGAGGGAGGGGCCGUCGUUCCCGGGGGAGUGCGGGAUAGGGGGCACGAUGGACACGGUCAACAUCACCAGAAAGCAUACCGCGGAUGGGGAGAACGAGGUGCGCGCGGUUGUGUUCGGAGGGUGUAAGCUCGCCCCUGACGGCGUCUUUUCGUGCUCGAACGAUCUGUACGCCUAUGACCUGGCUACCAACCGGUGGGAGGAGAUCGUUCCCAAGAGCGAUGCCGACGCGUUUGCCUGCGAGGCGGACGACACUGGCGAGUCUCCAGCCCUCCGGCACGGCCACGCGUCGGCGUACAUCGAGUCGAAGACGGACAACAUGAACGCGCUCUUCAUCUUCGGGGGAAGGGAGAACAUGGACGACCUUACCCCGCUAGGGGACCUUUGGAUGUUUGACUUCACGACGAUGAGAUGGAGCGAGAUAACCCCGGACUCCAAAAAACCUGCUCCUUGCAACCGCUUCUACCACUCCCUCACGGUAUGGCAAGGCGGUGUGGGCGACGGCGUGGCCUCCCUGGUGGUGUUCGGAGGCGAGACCAUCACCAGGACGGGUCAGACGGUCUUCAUGAACGACGUCUGGCUCUAUACGCCGCAAACGGGGGCGUGGCGCGAGGUCCGUUCGUCGACGUAG